UGCUAUUUCAAUUUCAACCUCAGAAACCCAAGGAAAGCUUACACAGUAUCAGAACCACAGGAAGAAAAACAAUCAAAAAAUCUUACUUCCUGUGGACCAGCCUUAACGGCAGAUUUAGAUCUGGAAAAACAGCAUGGAAAGGUAAUUCAACGAAGAGCAGGAGGAAACAAUAAACUAUUAGAAAAAGGGAAGGAAACACCAUCAUCACUUGUCAUUGAUCUACUGACAAGCAUAAGCAACUGUUAUUACUGCAGGGAAAUACACAAAGAAGGCUGUCAGUCAAGUCCCUGA